CUGGGUUGUAGCACUAGAUACAGUCACAAACAUGAGGAUUACUCUGGACCUGUGACACUGCCAGCCAAGAAACCACAGCGAAGAUCACUUGCUCAUUGUGAGUCUGAAGCAUGUUUGUUUGGCAAUACCUGACACUGCUCUUGCUGAUAACAGUUCGAAUAUACAAAGCCCAAAAAUGUGAUGAAUUCACAGAUCUAGAUUUUCACCACUCAUUGAUCGGAACCAACCUUGAAGUAAGGCUGUUGCUGUACACCAGGGCACAUGAGACCUGUGGCAAACUGUUGUCCCACUCCAACCCGGUUGCCAGUCCCCACUUCAAUCUGUUCGGAACCACCACUUUUGUAAUUCAUGGCUAUCGGCCCAGCGGGUCUCCACCCGUGUGGCUUGGAAGGAUCACACAGCUACUCCUGGCCAGGAAGGACAUGAAUGUUGUGGUGGUGGACUGGAACUACGGUGCUGCUAAUUUGAAUUACUUCAAAGUUGUGGAGAACACGCGGCAGGCAGCGCUUAAUCUCACAAGCUUCAUUAAAACCAUGCAGGAACAUGGUGCCUCUCUGAACUCCAUCCACAUGAUUGGAGUAAGUCUCGGAGCCCAUAUGUCAGGCUUUGUAGGGGCGGAACUGAAUGGGAAAAUUGGACAAAUUACAGCUCUGGAUCCUGCUGGGCCAAAGUUCACUGGCACUGCCCCAGAGGACCGACUGGAUCCCACUGAUGCACAGUUUGUGGAUGUCAUUCACACAGACAUGGAUUCUUUGGGCUUCAGAGAACCAGUAGGUCAUAUUGACUUCUAUGCUAACGGAGGAGGGGAUCAGCCUGGCUGCCCAAAGACGAUCUUCUCUGGACAAGCCUAUAUAAAGUGUGACCACCAGAGAUCAGUGUUCCUCUAUUUGGACUCUCUGAACCGCACAUGCACUAUCAGGGCCUUCCCCUGCUCCUCUUAUGCAGACUUCAUGGAUGGCCGCUGCUUAAACUGUGAAAAAUUCGGUGCUGCUGGAUGCCCUGUCUUUGGUUAUGAUGUCACAAAGUGGAGGGAGACCUUGGUGGGUUUGCCCCAGACAAAGGCGUUCUUCACCACCAACAUAGGGUCCCCAUUCUGCAGAACAAACUACAGGCUGGAUAUACUGACAUGGAAUCAGGAAACACGCUGGGGCUAUAUUACCAUCAAACUGUUCGGUGAUGGUAAAGAUGCAGUGGCAACAAUUAACCAUAAAGCAUCAAAGUUCAAGAAGUACACAGAGACCCAAUUGUUGGCUCAGUUUGACAAAGAUCUUCAAUCAGUGCAAAAGGUCUCCAUUAAGUUCUCUACUGUGAACAAAUUCAAGCCUAAAUACAAACUGCGAGUCCUCCGCAUCCGCCUCAAACAUCUUGAACGCAAGCAAAGGCUUCUGUGUAGAUACGACGUUGUACUGGAGGAGAACGAAGAAACAACCUUCAGACCCCUUCCCUGUGGAGAGGAGAGCAACUUCUGAGGCCCCAUCAGACAGAUUCGCCGUCUAGCCACUGAAAACAGACGCUACAUUCUUCCAUUGAUGUUCAGAGAUUUUUAUAGAUAUAUUUUUAAAUUAAACAAUCAAAUGUAUGUAUUUCAUUUGUUUGUAUUGUUUCUAUU